GUUUUUAUCUCCUGGCGAUAUCCCGGCGUCCCGUCAACAGCAGACAUCAUCGUGAAUCUCGACCCGGCGAUUCUCUGCGACGUGUAACGCAUCAUGCCCGUCUGUCUCGGUACCGAUCGUUCAGGCGCUAUCGAAUUUAGGAUGCUCAGUAAGGACAGAAUCGAGGAUGCUCUGAUCGUACAGCAGCAUUCCAUGCGGCAGGAGUGCAUCGCGAUCGGCAUGGGUAUGUACGAGGAUCUCGGAGCUUCCGAAGAGAUGCAGUUAGUCUUCAGGGAGGUCAUUAAAGACGGAUGCACGGUGAUUGCUGUCGAUCAAUCAGAUCGCGUUGUCGCCGUGGCGUUCAACAAGUUACACGCAAAUGUUUCCCCAGCAAGAAGAGGACCCUUUUGCAUUUUUUGUAGAAAAUAACAUCAAGCAUCGCUCGUGUCGGGAUUUGAUUGAGUUCAUCGAC